AUGCUUCACAGUCGGAAGAGUCAGUGCGACGUGCUUGAAGUAGGCCUUCAGGCCGGAAAAGAGGCUCAGGGCCUGGUGGGCGCACAGGUCCCUGUAGCUGAGGAGGAGGCCAGUGCCUCCUCGCUCUGUCCUUUGACCCAGGGCACCGCAGAGGCAGCCAUUCCACUGAGCAAGUCAAACGAGGGCUGCAGCAGGCAAGCAGAGGGUGUGAGCACCCCCCAGGCUCCCGGGUCCUUGCUCUGUGACGUGCUAAACAAGAAGGUGGCCGAACUGGUGCAGUUCUUAAGUGUCAAGUAUGUAAAACAGGAGCCCAUCACAAAGGCAGAAAUGCUGAGGAAUGUCCUCAAAGAGCACAAGGCCCACUUCCCUGUGAUCUUCAGCAAAGCCUGUGAGCGCCUGGAGGUUGUCUUUGGCAUUGAAGUGAAGGAAGUGGACCCCACCAGCCACUCCUAUGUGCUCGUGAAGACACUAGACCUCACCUACGACGGGAUGCUGAGUGCUGACCAGCGCGUGCCCAAGGCCGGCCUCGUGGUACUUAUCCUGGGUGUGAUCUUCAUGCAGGGCAACCGUGCCCCUGAGGAGAAAAUCUGGGAAGUGCUGAGUGUUAUUGGGAUGUAUGCUGGGCAGGAGGAUUUCAUCUACGGGGAGACCAAGAAGCUCAUCACCAAAGAGUUGGUGGAGGAGAAGUACCUGGAGUAGCGCCAGGUGCCCGACAGUGAUCCCCCACACUGCGAAUUCCUGUGGGGUCCAAGGGCCCACGCUGAAAGCAGCAAGACGAAAGUCCUGGAGUUUUUUGCCAAGAUCAAUGAGACUGACCCCACUGCAUUCUCACGCUGGUAUGAGGAAGCUUUGAGAGAUGAGAAAGAGAGAGCUCAGGCCAGAGCUGCCGCGGGGGCUAAUACUUCUGCCAUGGCCAGUGGCAGCUCCAGUGUCAUGCCCAGCAGCCUCUCCUGCCCUGAGUGA